ACAGACAUUCGCGACGAUUAGACUGUUAUCACGAACGCCAACGACUGGACGAGAUAUCGUUACGCGCAUCUACCUACACGAUACAAGAGAUCAUAACACACAACACAAUGAGCGCAUCACCAGACAACGCCGCCAAUGGCGCAAACGCAUCCUCCGUCAACGAAGCCCGCGACCCCUCUGGUUUCUUGAGUCAAAUCAUCGGCGCACCCGUCACUGUCAAGUUGAACUCUGGAGUCGUUUACAGAGGUGAACUGCAAUCAGUCGAUGGAUACAUGAACAUCGCCCUCGAACAAACAAAAGAGAUUGUCGACGGCAAGAUGAGAAGGAAUUAUGGAGAUGCCUUUGUGCGCGGUAACAACGUCAUGUACAUCUCAGCCGACUCAUAGAAAGAGCCACCAUGCGACACCCCCCGCUAUCGUAGAGCAAGUCUUCAAGAUAUCGGUGCAUACCGAAUCAAUAGGCGCGUUGAAGGCUGGAUCCGAAAGAGUGCCCAGCCUGCAAACAAGAACAUGAGCUGGUCUAACGGGACGAAGGCAACGGGCCUUCCUGGAAUCGACAGAUCUGAUAUCAAAUGGGAGAAAGCUCAGCAAGCGUACAAGUAUGAGGCACAAACGGAGGCUCAUGCUAUUCACGCAGCGCAAGAGAGGUUGAGAAUGCGGCAGCGUGGUGCUCGGUGGAUGUGAUAUGGGCUUGCGCCUGUUGCUUUUGUCCGUACUGCUACAAACAACACCCUCACUUCGAUUCUCUCUUUUCAUAAUAAGCAUAUCCUCAUCCUCUCAUCUUCUCAAGUUCUGCCGGCCAAAGCAUCUUUGACAGUAGUCAACAGACUCUCAGCGCCCUUUUGAGGGAUCUUGGUCGUCCAUGCU